CGCAUCACCAACCACCACCUGCCCCUACCAACCUUGCCGUUGAAGCUCCAGAUCCCGACAAUGUCCGAUUGAUUUGAUUCAUCUCAGCUUAUGACCGAAACAAAACGCCGAAACAAACGCAGACAGCCGAGUAAACGCAGUGGAUACAACACGAUAGCAUAGGCAGCACCGUCCUCUCGGUCGUCGUAAGCCGACAAAGAUGGCGGUCCUCGACCAGGACAACUUCUCCAACAUAUCGUGGCAUAGCGAGCAGAACCAGGACUCCCCUGGGCCGAGCACAUCCGCAUCUCGCGAUCCCGCCCACAGCCCAAACUACUCGAAUGACCGGCCCGAUGGCCACAGGACAGGCAACGAGAGGGACCACGGCCACCCGGGCGGUGAGAUCCUCGACUGUACCGUGUCGGAGCCGCACAAGGAAAACGACGGUACCAAAGACGCAUAUGUUUCGUAUUUGAUUACUACCAACACAACUUUCCCCUCCUUCCAGCGACCAACAACCUCGGUUCGCCGCCGCUUCACCGACUUCGUCUUUCUCUACAAGGUUCUCUGCCGCGAAUAUCAGGGGUGUGCGGUCCCGCCGCUCCCAGACAAGCAGCGCAUGGAGUAUGUUCGCGGCGACCGGUUUGGACCUGACUUCACCGCGCGCCGCGCCUACUCCCUGCAGCGCUUCCUCUCACGGCUCGCCUUGCACCCCGAGCUCCGCCGCGCCGGCAUAUUCCACACCUUCCUCGAGAGCCCCGACUGGAACGCCACCAUGCGCAGCAGGGCAGGGCGGCUUGGCCCGGCCGGAGCAGGCGGCGAAAGUCUGGGCCAAAGCCCGGCCGCAGGCACCAGCACCGGGGGCGGCGGCGUGUUCGACUCGUUCGCAGACAGCUUCAUGAACGCCUUCACCAAAGUACACAAGCCAGACCGGCGCUUCGUCGAAGUCAAGGAGAAGACCGACAAGCUCGACGAGGACCUCAACAACGUCGAAAAGGUGGUCGCCCGGGUCGCCCGCCGCGAAGCCGACCUCGAGACCGACUUCAAGGACCUCGCCGAGCAAUUCCAAAAGCUCAUCACGCUCGAACCAGGCGUCGAGUCGGCCGUGCACGCCUUCGCCGCAUCCGUCGAGGACACCGCGGCCGGCCUGAAGAAACUCAAAGACCACACCGACCAGGACUACCUCUCCUCGCUGCGCGACAUGGUCGCCUACAGCGGCGCGCUCAAAGCACUGCUCAAAGCGCGCGAGCAGAAACAGCUCGACUACGAGCAGCUCACCGAGUACCUCAACAAGGCGACGGCCGAGCGCGACGCGCUCGCGUCGGGCGGGCAUGGCUAUUCCUCCGGCGGACCGCUGGCCGGCGCGGGCGGGUUCAUCCGGUCCAAGAUUGAGGACGUGCGCGGGGUGGACCACGAGCAGGCGCGCCGCGACCGGCAGCGCAAGUUGGAGCUGAGGAUCGACGAGCUCACGCGCGAGGUGGAGAACGCGCGGAUGGAGUCGGAUGAGUUCGGGGAUCACGUCGUGAAAGAGGUUUCGAGCUUUGAGUGGAUCAAGAGGGUCGAGUUCAAGCGGCAGUUUGGCGGGCUCGUGGACGCGCACAUUGAAUUUUACGGCGGUGUCAUUGAGUCCUGGGAGGAGUACGUGCGCGAGAUGGAGAGGGAGGGAGUCGUGCUGCCGGCUUAGGAGGCUAUUGGAUAUGGGAAGGGCAAGGGCACGGAGAGGGCAAGGUGGGUGGUCAUUGAAGAUGAGAGGGAAAUUUGAUGUCGCCGCGGAUGAUGCGGAAGGGGAAGGUGAGUUUCAAGGGAAUGGUCGCCGUCCAACGACGCCUCAACGGCGCGUCAACGGCGAUUGAGCUGUCUGCGGGCAUGGUCGAGAACUGGGAUUGUGUUUGGAAGCAAGGACAGACGACAGGUUGAAAUGAACAUUAAUCCUGGAACAAGUGAGGUCAGGGCAGCGAAGGGCGUUGUUGCUGGGCAGCUCCAAGCGGAAAAGACC